AGAGUCCAGAAACGGUCAGUCAGUUGUCGGUUGGCUUCGGUUGCGAAAGUGUCCCUUUUUUUUCUCUUCCCUUCGAAAAAAAAAGGUUGGGCUCCUUCAUCUUGCCUCGGAUUCAGGCGUCGGCUACUUGUUGAACUAGAAUCCCCCGUCUAUCUAGUUGUAACGCCAGCAAUCGGAUUAGUAUUCAACGUUCGUCAGCUGCAAGUGGAUCACCUGCUUACUUUUUUUCCCUCAACUUAAGUGCGCGAGCUAAUUAAAGGGAAACCUUCAGCGCCUGGACAAUUUCACGCUUGAUUAUCGCAAGGAAAGGGAUCAUUAGAAGAGAGCCCGCUGGUCACGAGAACGGUGCAUUAGGUAACGCGAACGACCUUGGAAAAUUGGUUCGUCAUCGACUAGCUAAGAAAUUAUUCAAAUUAGCUGAGUGCCAGGUGUUACGCGAAGGGGCAUUUCCUGAAGCUGGAAUUUCUACCUUAAUUACGGCGCAGUGAUUUGUACUAUGCACCGCGCGGAGUAGUGAUUGAUCGACGCGCAGACAAUAAUUGCGAACCAACAUAAAGUUAUUACAAGUGAGAAAUGGGUUGCUACGAUCGGUCUAAAAAUAAGCUUAAGGCAUGCGCACUAUGUCUGCUGUUGUGCGCGGCCAACUUGAUCGAGGUGAGCGAAGCGCGAAAGGUGGCCGCGGGUCGCGUUACCAAGCCUACUGCGAACCGAGGUUACGCCAGUCCGGACAUUGCCAAGCUGAGCUAUUCGCCGAGUCAUCAGGCCGCGGCCCCGCCCAAGUCGGUAGCGCCGGUUGCGUCCGCGCCCUCGCAACAAGCCGGAAGGCCCCCGGUAGGCUGGAACGUGCCGAAUAAUGCACCUCCGCCAUACUCGGCGAACGCAGGGAAUCACGGACCGCCGCCACCGUAUUCGGCUCAAGCGAAUCCAAAUUUGAACUCCCGAUUCAACGAGGCUCCACCACCGUACGCGUCGCAUGCCAAUCCAGGAUUCCAGCCAGCCCCACCGUACCAGGGCGGAGCGCCAGCUUUUGGAGCCCCUGCUGGGGUCGUUGCCGGUAACGCCUACCGUCCCCAUGGUCACAACACUUCUGCCGGAGGAUUUGGAGGUGGAUUCCCACCAGUUCAACCGAAUGCUGGCUAUCCGGUUCAACCCGCUCAAGGAUUCCCUGGAGCUCCCGUUGCUCAUCCUGGCGGUGGCUACCCAGGCGGGUACCCACAACAACCCGUGUACCAGUCCCCGGCCGGAGGUUACCCGCAACAACCCGGAACGGUCAUCCAUCACUACGAGCAGCCCCAAUCUUCCGGUGGAAGCGGAAUCGGCACAAUCCUUGGAGCCGGCGCUGCCGGCCUUGCCGCCGGUGUCGGUGGAGCCGCCCUGUACGACGCCCUCAAACCCAAAGAAGAACACAAAGAAGCAGCCCCGGCAGCGGAAACAACGACCACCACCACAACCACCCUGGCCCCAAUCAACCCUAACGGCGAAGCCGUUCUAGCCCCUCUCCCAGCCAACCCCAACGGAGACGCCCCUCUCGCCGCAGCCCCGGAAACCCCCACCCCCGAAACGCCCCUCGCCACCAUCGAACCCACAAACACCUCAACCGACCCCGUUGUCCCGCUGGCAGCCUUCCCAGUCGCCGAAAACGCAUCGGCUACUGCGACCUCCUCUUCCAGUGAAACGUCGGCCGUGACCGUCGAAGCGCCGAAUGCCGCCCUCAGUGUUGAACCGGCCCUGUCGGCGGCCGCCGGUCCCACCACGGCACCCCAGCUGUCCGCGGAACCGGUCCCAACGGCCGGCAAAGCCAUCGCCACGGCGCAAUUCUCUAGCUUCCUUCUGUUGCUUCCGGCAUUGUGUAAAUUUUUGCUCUCGUGAGCGCGGAAGGGCGCUGAAAAUUUGAGCGUAUUUUAACCCAGGUGAUUCCAAAGAAAAGAGAAUAGCAAACAAAAUAAUGAUUCAAAAUCAUUCCAUCGAUCAGGCUGAAAUUGUUAGUUAUCCCAACUCCCCGUUAAUUGUUAAUCUUUUGCGUUGUGUCGUAUUAGUGAUGUAAUUCUUGUUCAACAGAAUAGACCAAGCAAAAA